GGGGCAGGAUCCGUCCCUGCCCGCAGCGCUGCUCCCCCCGACCUGGGGAGGGAGGUGGGGAGGUGGGGAGGAGGGGAGGGCCGGGCCGGGGGAGGGAAGGAGGGAAAGGGACACCUUUAAAAGUUGAGCGGGGGAACAAAGUGGGGGAUGUUGCCAAAAAAAGGGCCCUGCGCUCCGGCUUGCUGGUGACUUCCCGCUCCCUCCCCUCCCUCCCCGCCGUGCACACCACACACGCACACUUGUAUUUUGCGCUGUCGUAAAACCCACGUGUCUGGCCCGGAGUCUGCCAGAGCCGAGCGAGCAGCCCGGGCGCGCCUGCCAUGCACAGCCACGGCAGAGGGAGCCCGGCGGCUCGCCUCUAGCCGGCCUCCCGGCCCCGGCACCUGGAAGCAGGAGGAGAUCCCUCUGCCCCGCCGGCAGACCACGGACAAAAAUUCCUUUUGCACCCCAAAAAAUCCCUCCCAAGGCUCCCGGGACCGAGCCGCAGCCCGCUCCCAAGCACCCCGCUCAGGCAGGCAGCGCGAUGCUGAAGCCCGGCGAGCCCGGCGGCUCGGCGUUCCUCAAGGUGGAUCCCGCCUAUCUGCAACACUGGCAGCAGCUCUUCCCGCAGAGCGGCCAGCUCAAGAGCGCCGGGGCCCUCGCCCAGCUCCAGCCGCCCGAGAGAGCCGAGCCCCCGGCUGACAGCCUCCGCCAGCGCCCGGCCUCCCUCUCCUCCGCCUCCUCCUCCUCUUCCUCGUCCACCCCGUCUUCCUCCUCCACCUCCUCCUGCGUCGCAGCCGCCGCCGCGUCCCUGGCCGGCCUGAGCGCCCUGCCCGUCGCCCAGCUGCCGGUCUUCGCUCCGCUGCAGAGCUCCGAGCCCCCGGCCGGGGGAGCGCCCGCUCCCCUGCAGGGCAAGGACUUGUGCGGGGCCGGCGGCACCAAAUGCGGCGAGCGACCGGCCGCCCGGUUCCGCUGCACGGCCGAGGAGCUGGACUACUACCUGUACGGGCAGCAGCGCAUGGAGAUCAUCCCCCUCAACCAGCACACCAGCGACCCCAACAACCGGUGUGACAUGUGCGCCGAUAACCGCAAUGGCGAGUGCCCCAUGCACGGGCCCCUCCACUCCCUGCGGCGUCUGGUGGGCACCAGCAGUGCCGCGGCAGCGGCCCCUCCACCUGAGAUCCCCGAGUGGCUGCGGGACCUGCCGCGGGAGGUGUGCCUGUGCACCAGCACGGUGCCCGGCCUGGCCUACGGCAUCUGCGCGGCGCAGCGGAUCCAGCAGGGCACCUGGAUCGGGCCCUUCCAGGGAGUCCUGCUCCUGCCAGAAAAGGUCCAAGCGGGAGCCAUCAGGAACACUCAGCAUCUCUGGGAAAUAUAUGACCAAGAUGGGACACUGCAGCACUUUAUUGAUGGUGGAGAACCCAGUAAGUCAAGCUGGAUGAGGUACAUCCGAUGUGCAAGGCACUGCGGGGAACAGAACUUAACAGUGGUUCAGUACAGGUCAAAUAUAUUCUACCGGGCUUGUAUAGAUAUACCACGGGGUACAGAGCUAUUGGUGUGGUACAAUGACAGCUACACAUCUUUCUUUGGAAUCCCUCUCCAGUGCAUCGCACAAGAUGAAAAUUUGAAUGUCCCUUCGACUGUAAUGGAGGCCAUGUCCAGACAAGACACCCUACAGCCAUUUAAUAAAAGUAGCAAACUAUCCCCUGCCACUCCACAGCGAUCCGUAGUAUUUCCACAGACUCCGUGUAGCAGAAAUUUUUCUCUCCUGGAUAAGUCUGGGUCCAUCGAGUCAGGAUUUAACCAGAUCAGUGUCAAAAACCAACGAGUUCUUGCAAGCCCAACUUCAACAAGCCAACUAAAUUCUGAGUUCAGUGACUGGCAUCUUUGGAAAUGUGGGCAAUGCUUUAAGACUUUCACCCAGCGGAUCCUCUUACAGAUGCAUGUGUGUACGCAGAACCCUGACAGGCCCUACCAGUGCGGCCACUGCUCCCAGUCUUUCUCGCAGCCGUCGGAGCUGAGGAACCACGUCGUUACGCACUCCAGCGACAGGCCUUUCAAGUGUGGCUACUGCGGCCGGGCCUUUGCUGGUGCUACGACACUCAACAACCACAUCCGGACACACACUGGGGAAAAGCCCUUCAAGUGCGAGAGGUGUGAGAGGAGCUUCACACAAGCCACCCAGCUGAGUCGACACCAGAGGAUGCCCAAUGAGUGCAAGCCAAUAACAGAGAGCACAGAAUCAAUUGAAGUGGAUUAACUGAUUGACUGGUUGGAAUUAAACUGCAAGGAAAGUCAUGAUUAAAUGUCACGGACACUUAAGCAAAACCAAAGAUUUCCUCUGAGCAACUUUCAAUCAGUCCCAGAAAACCAAAAGCAGUAAUAAAAUAAGUAAGAUGUUAAGAGAUAUUGAUCCUGGCGUGAAAGUGAGACCAGGAAAGAGAUUAUUUAUUUAUGACUGGGGAUGAGUCUUAUUUCAAUUGACAAGUUACUUGGGACUGUUAACAUUUCAAGUCCCACCAUGUAUUGCUUUAAUUCUAAAAGCCUUUAUAAUUGUUAUUUAAUACCAAAGUGAAGAAUCUCAAGGGUUCUUCUGCCCGUAGUUAUGACUGAGAAUGCACAUGGACUUGUUUAUCGUUGCACCUUUUUUGUAGCAUGAUUCAAAGGACCCAGAUGUAAUCCUUAGAUUUGUCUGGGCUGGGCUAAGUUGAUCUUGACGUGGCUAUAAUAGAAAUCAGUGUGUGGGUUGGGAAGUGAUCAAGAGCUAUAUCUGGGUCAGUGUCAGCCUCCUCAGACCAAAGGGCAUUUCAUUUCCAUAGCCUCAUGCCUCACACUGUGUGCACUUUUUCAUACAAGUAGUUUCAUUCAACAACAUUGCAUUGGUACAGAUAUUCUUGAGGCGGUGGGUGGGGGGUGGGUGGGGAAAUAAAGGAAUGUUGUAUAUCUGCAAAUAUACAUUAUGUAAAGAAGCCAGUAGUAAAACUAUGUUAAACUAACACAGCUCUCAAAUUCAGUCUAAUGGGUUUGAAAGAGAGUCUACUAGCAAAUUGUAUUAUGAGGAGCAAAAUAGCAAGGUAAUGUUUAUAAGUUUGGGUGAUUGAUUUAAUUUCUUGCUUGUCUUUAGAAAACCUAAUCAGAAAUCCAAGCUAUCAUCCAUUGAUAUUUUUAUUCCGUUGGCUUGGGUCAAACUGAAAAUGCUCCUGUAUUAGGUGAAACUUUCAACGUUCUUGGGCUGAGCUUCAAAACAAAAACUAAAUCUGAAUUCAGAUACCUUGUAAAAAUCUUGGAGGCUUCAUAGUAUUCACUCUCAUGGAGAUUUGCCUGGUGCUGUUGUGAAUAAAAGGAAGCCAAAAUAUUCCAGACGUUAAUGAAAAAAGCUCAGAUGUAGUUACAUUGGUUGGAUUUAGCAAUUUUCAGUUACAAUGGCUUUUUUCAAGCUUUUGUUCUUGAUUUACUUCAGAUUUCAGUAUUUUGUCUAAUGAAAGAAUGUUUUUCACUUUUAGAGACCAGCAGUGUUUAUAUAUUGAUUGUCUCAAUGCUAGAGAUGUAGUUUGAUAAAAAUGCAAAAUACCAAAAAAAAAAAAGGACAAAAAAAAGGCAAACUGUUCUGAAGUCAUGUUAUGUCAUAAGUUAAACUACAAAAUGAAUUUGGUGAGAUUAUAGGAAGUAAAUCAGAUUAGUUCACUUUUACACCUAUACUAAGGUGUUGGGUGACUCAUAAGGGCUCAGUUCAUUGUAUCAGAUAUUUUUAAAACAUUUAAAGGGAGGAUUUUAAAUAUAUAGAAAAUUAAGUAUUCAGUUCUGUAAAAGGCUAGACAGAAUCAGCUACAAAUUUAACCACGCGUUCAGACUAUUUAUGAAUUUUGCAAAGAACUCAAGCAGAAAAAAGAGCAUAGAGUAAAAUUCAAAUACAUUUAAAAUGAAUUUGAAAUCUAAGGCAUCCUUACUUCAGGAUGUUCUUUUAUUAUGUUGCAUAAACUACAUUGCAGAGUCUGGAGUUUCCAAAGGUUUACAGGGAAUAACUUCAGGAGCUACCAUGUUUGUGUUUGGCCAUUAAAAAUGUAAAAACACUGUGAAAAAAAGUGAUUUUUAUUAUUGGUCUAUCAAGUACCAGAUUAUCUUAUGAAGAGGCUUUUGCCUUGUGAGUUUUUCAGCUCUGUUACUCAGUGGAGUGAUAUGGGGAUUAAACAAUUCAGUCAUCACUUGCCUGACUUUAUCCUCCAAGCUAUGAUAAAUUCUUAGCGACUAUAUAAAUGUGCUGUUUUCUGUUUUUGUUUUCUGUGUUGUGUUUUUUUCUUUGUUGUGUGUGUGUGUGUAUGUUUUUCUUUUAGGUACAAGGAAGCAUGGGAACCUGGGUAGGUAGAAUGGUGACUCAAAGGUGACUAUUUGAACAUCAUUAUGUUCCUAGCAAGGCUAAAAAAAAAAAAAAAAAAAAAAAGAAAAAAAAAAAAAAAACCACCUACAACCUGAUCCACAGACUUUUAAACCCUGUUUCUUGGUAAUUCACACCUUCCCUUAUUUUAAAGACUUAAUGUAAAGAAACGUCUUGGUGUGUCACCAGGUUUUAGUUAACAUUUGCGCAGUAGCUAUGGAUCAUUGCUGCAAGCAGAGAUGUUCCCCCCCAAAAAAAACA